AGAUUUUUGUCCCGGUUUGCCGGCGGGCGGAUCUUCCGACCUCGAUAAAAUGAUCGUUAAUGUAAAUGCAACAAGAGCGGCAACUGGUCCGUGGCUUACAAGUUGCAGAGUUUCAGGCUUUAGAGAGCGAGAAGCCAUGGAUGGGUAAACUCCGAAUGGUCAGAAAAUACCUGAAGCAUCAGGUGGAGAGGUCGGGAUUUGGGCUCCGCUAAGUGCAUUGACCUUUGAAUCUUACUCGCCUGGCCUCUUCGACCCCAUCGACGCGCUCUUGGGAAAUUGUUUCCAGUCUUUCCAGGUUUUGGAGCUGGAACUCCGAGAGAAUAAUGAGUUCAAAUAUUAUAAUUUCAGGAGGAAAAGAAAAACCAUUUAGUUGGGUGGUGAAAGUAAUCCAAAGAUUAUUUCAGUUUAUACAUGAAGCAAUUAGAAGUGUUUUUUACCUCAGGCCUAUCAAAGAUUCUGUUGUAAAAGAGAGACAGUACAAUAAAAAAGUGCUUGAUCCUCAAGGACCAUUUCUUCAAAGAUGGAACAAAAUAUUUGUCCUUGCCUGCGUGCUUGCAGUAUCUGUGGAUCCUCUUUUCUUUUAUGUACCUAUUGUCGAUGAUGAUAAUAAUUGCUUUGAGCUUGAUAAGAAAUUAGAAACUAUUGCAAAUGUUUUACGCUCUUUCACAGACAUCUUUUAUGUGCUUCAUAUCAUUUUCCAAUUUAGAACUGGUUUCAUAGCUCCUUCAUCUCGAGUAUUUGGAAGGGGUGUUUUGGUUGAAGAUUUAUCAGCAAUAGCUUGGCGGUAUUUGUCAUCAAACUUCUUCAUUGAUAUCCUUGCUGUUCUUCCCCUUCCACAGGUUGUUGCGUUGAUCAUAGUACCAAGAUUGAAAGAAACAUCUCCAUUCGAUGCAAAAAAUCUAUUGAUGCUUGUAGUCCUAUUCCAGUAUGUCCCUCGAUUUAUCAGGAUCAUACCCUUGUAUAUGGAAGUAACAAGAUCUGCUGGCAUUAUCACUGAAACAGCCUGGGCCGGGGCUGCCUUCAACCUUUUGCUUUACAUGCUUGCAAGUCAUGUACUAGGAGCACUUUGGUACUUGUUUUCCAUACAGAGGGAAGAUGCAUGCUGGAAGCAAGCUUGUUCCAUAAAUAAUUGCAACACUACCUCUUGGUUCUGUGGGAAUGAGCAAGGCCAAAACAAUAGCUUUUUAGAUGAUGCAUGCGCCAUACAAAAUUCAAAUAAUUCAAUCUUCAACUUUGGUAUCUACAUUCCAGCUCUUCAAAACAUUGUUCAGUCGAGAGACUUUCCAGAGAAGUUCUUCUAUUGUUUUUGGUGGGGACUACAGAAUCUGAGUUCUCUUGGACAAAACCUGGUUACAAGUACUUACGUAUGGGAGGUUCUCUAUGCUAUUUUUGUUUGCAUCUUAGGCUUGGUCUUGUUUGCACUUCUCAUUGGCAAUAUGCAGACUUACCUUCAAUCCACCACUGUAAGAGUAGAAGAAAUGAGGAUGAAAAGACGAGAUUCAGAGCAAUGGAUGUCUCAUCGCUUGCUUCCUGAAAGCUUGAGGGAUAGAAUACGUCGACAUGAGCAGUACAGAUGGCAGGAGACAAGCGGUGUUGAUGAAGAGAGCCUCCUUCAAAACCUUCCUAAAGACCUUAGAAGAGAAGUUAAGCGACACCUUUGUUUGGCUCUGCUCAAGAGGGUUGCAAUUUUUGAAAAGAUGGAUGAUCAGCUAAUGGAUGCAAUGUGUGAUUGCCUGAAGCCUGCUUUAUACACUGAAGAAAGCCGUAUCAUUCGUGAAGGUGACCCUGUGGACGAGAUGAUCUUUAUCAUGAGAGGCAAGUUAUUUAGUGUGACAACAAAUGGCGGAAGGACUGGUUUCUUCAACUCAGAUUACCUCAAAGGUGGUGACUUCUGUGGGGAAGAGCUUCUUACUUGGGCUCUUGAUCCUCAUUCCUCUUCCAGCCUGCCAAUCUCUACAAGGACAGUGAAGGCAUUGUCUGAGGUUGAAGGUUUUGUUCUAGAAGCGGACGACCUGAAAUUUGUUGCAACCCAAUUCCGAAGACUCCACAGCAAGCAGCUCCGCCAUGCCUUUAGGUUAUAUUCUCAGCAGUGGAGAACAUGGGCUGCUUGUUAUAUACAGGCAGCUUGGCGUCGGCAUUCGAGAAAGAAGCUUGAGGAAUCCCUUCGCGAAAAAGAGAGCAGGUUGCAGGCUGCACUGGUGAAAGGCAGCAGCAGUUCACUGAGCCUCGGAGCUGCAAUUUAUGCCUCUAGGUUUGCUGCGAAUGCUUUGAGAGCCUUGAGGCGGAGUGGGACAAUGAAGGCUCCAAGGCAGGAAAGAGUUCUGCUGAUGAUGUUGCAGAAACCAUCAGAGCCUGAUUUCACUGCUUUAGAACUUUAGCAUUGGCAAUAUGACGGUGUCCGAAGCCAGAGUGGUGUUGUAUACCGCUACUUGUAUAAAAUUACAUGUUUGUUUAAAUUUUGUAUCAGGUUUGUUUGUAUGGUAGCCUAGAGAGAAAAGAGAACAUGAUGAUGAUGAGGAGGAAGAUACUGAUUCAGAGUUAUGGUUUAUUUUUCUUUUACUUGAGAGAGAGAGAGAGAGAGAGAGAGAGAGAGAUUGGAGGCAACUUUUGUUGGGUAGCAUGUUUAUUUUAUUUUGAUAUAUUGUAAAGUAUAGUCUGGUUGAAGACUUAAAAAUUAGCUCUUAUGGGAGGCAACCCACUUGGUAUGUUAUUUAUGGUGCCUAGUACAUUAGUUAUCUUGUAA